AUGUUUGAGAGUUGGGGCACUUCAAACCUCUUAUACUGUUCUUACAUUUCGAGUGUUUCUUGUAGUCUGAAGUACCUAAUAUCUAUCUAUCUAUCUAUCUAUCUAUCUAUCUAUCUAUCUAUCUAUCUAUCUAUCUAUCUAUGUCACUUUGUUAAUAUCUAUCUAUCUAUCUAUCUAUCUAUCUAUCUAUCUAUCUCAAUCAGUUCAAUCAGUUCUAAUCUAUCUAUCUAUCUAUCUAUCUAUCUAUCUAUCUAUCUCAAUCAUUUGUUAGUAUCUAUGUCAGUUUGUUGGUAUCUGCCUGCCUGCCUGCCUAUCUAUCUAUCUAUCUAUCUAUCUAUCUAUCUAUCUAUCUAUCUAUGUCUGUUUGUUAGUAUCUAUCCAUCAAUCUAUGGCAGUUACUAUCUAUCUAUCUAUCUAUCUAUCUAUCUAUGUCAUUUAAUCAUAUCUAUCUAUCUAUCUAUCUAUCUAUGUCACUUCGCUAAUAUCUAUCUAUCUAUCUAUCUAUCUAUCUAUCUAUCUAUCUAUCUAUGUCAGUCUAUCCAUCUCUCUCUAUGUCCGUCUAUUUAUUUCUCUCCCUCUUUUUAUCUACCUCUAUCUAUUCAUAUCAGUCUGUUCAUUUUUCUCUCUAUUUCCAUCUAUGUCAGUUUAUUCAUUUCUAUCUAUCUAUCUAUCUAUCUAUCUAUCUAUCUAUCUAUCUAUCUAUUAAUAUCUAUCACUUAUCUAUAUUACUCGACCACAGGUAAGAGAGUGAAUUACAACUACCUGUCUGGGAAGGUUUUAAAUAUAAUCAUUUUAGGGGUUUUUAUUUGCGGAAUUAUACAAACUGAAAAUAUCUACAAAAUAUUAAUAUCUAUCUAUCUAUCUAUGUAUCUAUCUAUGUAUCUAUCUAUCUAUCUAUCUAUCUAUCUAUCUAUCUAUCUAUCCCAGUUUAUUCAAUAUACGUUUUUCUUUCUAUCUAUCUAUCUAUCUAUCUAUCUAUCUAUCUAUCUAUCUGAGUUUAUUCAAUAUACAUUUUAUCUAUCUACCUAUCUAUCUAUCUAUCUAUCUAUCUAUCUAUGUAUAUAUAUAUAUAUAUAUCUGAAUUCAUUCAAUAUACAUUUUAUCUAUCUAUCUAUCUAUCUACCUAUCUAUCUAUCUAUCUAUCUAAGUUCAUUCAAUAUAAUCUGGUCUGAUAGAAUCGAAUCGUAUGCUUUCCUUUCCUUCUUUUUACGUGCCAUGUCCUUUCAGGACGUAGGCGAUCAUGGCUCUCCACUUCCCUCUAUCCCUUAG